GGAGAAAACGUCCAAUAGAUUUUCGUCUUGGUCGAAAGCGUUUUGUCUUAGAAUUAUUGAAUAGUCCUGGUCCUUUUAAUCCAUGAACAAGCCUAUUCAUAGCCAACCUGACCAUCCUAGCUAAUUCACCAAAUCCUGAUUUAGUUAAAAGAACUACGUAGACCUAAAUCUCUCUGGCCUGGCACCUUCGUCGUUGGUAAUCAGGACUUACACAAGAAAUCCAGCCAUGCGUUCCUUAACUAAUGCUGAGGUGGGAGCACGGAUAAAUUAAGUCUGCAAAACUGGACUUACAGGUGGAACGGACAUUUUAUCGUGGAUUUAAUUGUAGAUAGUUUCUUCAUUUGACAAAUCCAUUUGGAAACCAUAGCAGGUCCAAAUUUAAUGGAUUUUUUUUAUGCCGCAAGUGUUAUUUAAGCAAUUUUAAAAACGAAACACACGUGCGGUAAAAACCAUUUGUUUGCGUAAGUGUUGUUAAAAUGUAGCUAAUGGAUAAAGAUUUUUUGUAAUUUGAAAACAAUAAGUUUAUAAAAAUGACAGUAUAGUCAUGCAUAAUAUUUUGGAUAUGUAGAAAAGAAAGUUAAGAUUGAGAGAGUCGCUAUAUGUAGACUCUCGAUCAUCGUGUUUGGGGUUCAUGAAUCAAAACGUCCCCCACUUUUCUACUGCAAAAUUAGCACGCAGCAAAGAUUAGUCUCGGCAGUUUUUUGCCGUCGCGAAAUGAAACAUAGAAAAUAUGAUUUUUUUUUCAUCAAGUUUAGUAAAAAUGUUUUUUAUGUUGUUUUUUGAUGGUAUUUACUGCCAUAUCUCGAUAUAACUUAAAAUAUUUUAAAAAAAGCGGAUUAAAGAGAUUUUACCCUUAAGUUAUAUUUUAUUUCUUCACUUUAAAAAUUAAAAGUGUUUUAUUGCUAUCGAAUUGAUGUAACAAAAUUUUCUAAAAUUGUUGUUUAGAUUUAAAAAAUGGAUAAUAAAGAUCCUGUUUGUCUUGCUGAUGUGGAAAGGAUAGCAUCAAAACAAAUGACGGAAAAUGCAUGGAAUUACUACGCAUCUGGUUCUGAUAAUGAACAGACAAUGAACGAGAACUCAAACACCUUUACUAGGUAUCGUAUACGACCAUGCCUACUACGUGGCAUUAAUAAAGUAGAUACAACUUGUGUCAUUCAAGACCAAAAAAUAAGUAUGCCCAUAUGUGUGGCACCAACAGCUAUGCAAAAACUUGCACAUCCUGACGGUGAAAGAGGAACUGCAGCAGCUGUUGAAACAUUUGGUAGUUGUAUGGCUGUAAGCACGUUCAGCACAAUAAAUUACGAAGAGCUUGUUGCUACGUCUCCCAAUGCAAUAUACUGGAUGCAGUUAUAUGUUUACAAAGAUAGGGACUUCACAAUAAGUUUAAUUAGAAGAGCAGAAAAGGCAGGCUUCAAAGCAAUUGCUAUGACAAUAGAUACACCAUGUGUUGGCUAUCGGAGAGUUCAAGAAAAAAACAAUUUUGUUCUUCCCAAGGGUAUGGAUCUUGCAGUUUUGAGAGAUAUACCAGGGUACUCAAAAUCUAGUAACGUAGGAAAGAUUGAUUACUGCAAUAUCCAACUGAAAAAAGCUCUUAGUUGGGAAGAUGUUGAUUGGUUGAAAACAGUCACCAAACUUCCGAUUAUAUUAAAAGGUAUUCUUACAAGAGAAGAUGCAUUAGAAGCUAUAAAGCACAAUGUUCAAGGAAUAAUUGUUUCCAAUCAUGGUGGCAGACAGUUAGAUGGAGUUUCCUCCACGAUUGAAGCACUUUCAGAUGUAGUUCAAGCUGUGGGCGGAAAGAUGGAAGUAUAUCUAGAUGGUGGUAUACGUACAGGAACUGAUGUUUUUAAAGCAUUAGUACUUGGUGCAAAAGCAGUGUUUAUCGGAAGACCAGCUCUAUAUGGACUUGCGUACAAUGGUGAAGCUGGUGUAAAAAAAGUUUUGCAGUUAUUGAAGAAUGAAUUUGAAAGAACUAUGCUUCUUGCAGGUUGCCGCUCAUUGACGGACAUCACACCCAAUAUGGUUGUGCACGAAAGCUAUUAUUCGAGAUUACCUAAUCAUAAGUUAUGAUGCAAACAUCCUUUCUGGUUAUAGUUGAUUAAAAUACUUAAUGUGAAUGAAUUGAAUAUUAAUGUAGUAGGCAUAUAUGUUUUUUAACAAAAUUGGUGUCUUAUAAAUUUUGUAAUUAAUUUUUUUAUUUUUGUAGUUAAUACGAACAAUUUUUCUUUUUGAGCAGUUUCUGUUGAAAUUCCUGUUUGAAUUAUAUCAUAGAACAUAAAAAACAAGCCUUUUUAAAUUUUUUAAAAAGCACUUUUCUUUUUGAAGAUAAUAUAUUUACAUUUAAAUAAUUUUAGAUUUAAUUAUGCUGCAUAAAUUAUAAUGUCAUAUUUAAGUAAUAGCACAUUGCACUUUUCUGUCAUCAAUAAUUUUAGACCUGUUAAGGGAUGUACAUUCAAACUUUAUCAAUGUAUAGAUAUUAAAAUAUGAAUUAUUAAACAUAAUUUUUUUUGUCAAAAUGACACUUGUUUGCUCGCCCAAGGCCUCUUAAUUUUUUCAUGAUGACCU